AUGACUUCCACCAAUGAGAACCAAGCACUGCUCUAUGCGCCUAAACCGGCACCCGUGCUGAAUCUCCCGCCUGGCGCAGCGGCAAAAGUCCAAAUCAUUGACACCACCUCGCGCCUGGACGUGCCCACACAAAUCUUCAUGGGUCCCAAGAUCUUUGGUCACGAGAUCCUCAAGGUACCGUCAUUCUCAUUCCUCGUCGAGCAAGUCUCCUCGGGGCGCAAGGUACUGUUCGACCUCGGGUGCCGGAAGGACUGGCAAAGCCUGCCUCCCCUAAUUUUGGGGCUCGUCACCCAACCGGGCUGGAAGAUCGAGGUCGAGAAAGACUCGGUCGCCCAGAUCUUGCAGGACGACGGGGUGGAUGUCGCGAGCGGCGCCAUCGAGGCCAUCAUCUGGAGCCACUGGCACUACGACCACACGGGGGAUCCGAGCACUUUCCCGGCAAGCACCUCGUUGAUCGUCGGACCGGGCGUCAAGGAGGUAUUCCUGCCGCCAUACCCGGAGAACGCACAAUCGCCGCUCCUCGAUACGGACUUUGCGGGUCGCGAGCUGAAAGUCGUCGACUUCGAGAACUGGGGAAUUGUCCAGAUAGGCCGCUUCCGCGCCAUCGACUACUUCAACGACGGGUCCUUCUACAUCCUCGACGCGCCAGGCCACGCCGUGGGACACCUAUGCGCGCUUGCACGCGUGACGUCGACGCAGGACGGCGACGUCGAAGGAGACACGUUUGUGUUGAUGGGCGCCGACGCCGCUCACCACGGCGCCGAACUGCGACCGACGCAGUAUCUCCCCUUACCCAAGACCGUCAGUCCGUCACCCUACGUAAGCAAAUAUCCCGGCGUCUGCCCCGGCCAGCUCUUCGAGGCGAUCCACCCGCGCCACAAGGCCGUCGAGCCUUUCUACCACAUCCUCCACGAGGGCUGCGGCGUGGCGCAUCACGACCCCGCGCAAGCGCAGGAUAUUGUGGGCGUGGUGCAGGAAUUCGACGCCGCGGAUAAUGUCUUUGUCGUCAUCGCCCACGACGCUAGCCUGUUGCAUGAGAGUGUUGGUAUUGAGUGGUUCCCACGCGGGAGUUUGAGGGACUGGAAAACAAAGGACUGUAAGCGCAAGGCGAGGUGGCGGUUCUUGGAGGACUUGGUCCCAGCUGUCGAGCAUGCCGCUGACAUCGACACCGCUACUGCUUCUGCUGCCACUGCCACUGCCACUAACUAG